AGCGUCACUUCAGAGGGAGCCAUGGACCCGCAAUCUCUUGACGCCGCAGUGCAGAACACCCUUUCGGGGCUCUUCCCUCCGUUCGACAUCACCGCCCCGACCGUCCUCAGCCAGCUUUUCCGAGUCCUGGAGGCCAGAUACCACGGGGACGGGCUCUGCUGCCUCCUCGACUUCCUCAUCCCUUCGAAGCGGCUUCUGGAGCAUGUGCGGCAGGCAGCCUGCGCUCCGUACUUCAACCGCGUCUUCCUCCAUGAGGGCUGGCCACUGUGUCUCCAUGAGAAAGUGGCCGUCCACCUCAGCCCGCUCAACCCACUCCUCUUGCGCCCAGGGGACUUCUACCUCCAAGCAGAGCCCUGUGGGGAGCAGUCAGCGUGUCUGGUGGUGAAAUGUCUCUCCCGGGAUCUGACCACCGUGGAGAAGAUCCCCAUCCCUGAAGCCUCGUGCUCCUUGCUCUUCACGAAAGAGUGGCUGGAGGAGAUCAAUCGGGACCUCGACCGGCCAAUGCUGCACACUUGCCUGGUGGCCACUGGAAACGGAAUCGUCCCCGUUCCAUGGAGUAAAAUAGCGACUCCAGAAUUUGUCGAGAUAGCCAAAACAGAAGGUCUGGUGGAGCCGGAAUCCUCAGACAGCUCAGAGACCUGCUGCAAGUUGAAUUCUCAGCGGCAGGAUUGCCACCUUGCUGGAGAUGAACGCAGAAGUCCUAAUGGUAGUUUGGGGCCUUCUCACAGCAAGUACCCAGGCCUGAUCAAGGUGGAUCAAGGAUCCUGGAAGAAAUCCACUUUGUUCGUUUUGCCAAGUCUGUGCGAUAUCAUUAGUGAGAACCUGGAAGGGGAAUACGUGAACCUGCUGGAAUUUUCUGAAGGAAAGAAGCCAGACUUUUCUUCUCCCGCCAAGUCAACAACGUUGGCUGCUCAACAGCAACAGCCUCAAGGAGAGGCAUCACCCAGGACUAACAAAGGGCUUGUUUGGGUGGACGGAGACGAUGGCGCGGCAACAGAAAACUGGAGUUGUGGGAAGGGACCGAACGCAGAGGAAGGUCCCUGCACACCUUGCCUGAGGAGGAAACUGAACCAGGACCCCAAGGUCCAUGAGCCAAGAUGUCGGUACCGCGAGUCGUAUGUGGCUGCCCUCAAGAACCCUGUCAGCUUCAGCUCGGGGUUGAUGGCAGCCAUUUUGGAGGAGAUAGAUGUAGCCAAACAGGCCUCCUCCUCAGAAAGCACAGCUAUUCAGCCUCCCGAGGGGUCAGACCAAGCGGCUCCCAGAAUCCUCUCUGGGCAUCCAAACAAGGACGAGAAGGUGGAGGAGGCUCCCAAGCUCAGUCCCUUAAGACUUCAGAAGUCUCCUGCGGAGUGUCCGGCUGCCAGUAAUAAAUUCUCUUUCUUGAAGGGCCACCGUCAGCCGUCCUCCUCAGGGGGUGGCUUCUCAGGGCCAGAGAAAGCUGGCAAGAGACAGGAAGGGCCUCGGAAAAGGACCCUGAUGGUUUGCUCUCCCAGAGCGGCCCGAGCAAAGCCUGCAGCAGCAACAGGGAAAGGUACCAGUCAGGCUGAUGCAAUGUUUUCAGAACUUCCAACUCCCAAGGUCAUGGAGAGCACCACCAUGAGCCCAACAGACGCUCUGCUCAAGGAAUGCCUCCUUCCAGGAUCUGGCACUCAGGAGCUUGUCCGGUGGGAGUCGCUCAGUCCUGAGCUUUUAUCUUCUGGGAUUGUGUGUCUGCCAGGGAACACAGAUAAACUCGGGAGACCCGUGGUCCAGAUCACCACGAAUGGUGGCGGAGCGUGGCAAGCCCCCUGGUGUUCCGCCAGAGAAGUGACACGACUCCUCCUCUAUCUGCUCUCCUUGACAAGGAAGCAGUCAAACGACCCGGGGCUGACGGUUGUCAUCGAUGCCAGAAAACAGCCUCCCUCUCUCACACUGUCUGCAGCCCUGGGAUCCAUCCAGAAGGCCUUGCCUGGCUCCUUCCAUGCUGUUCUGCUAUUGGCAGAGAAGGAGGCUGCUUCACACCUGGAGAAGUUACCUGGCGUGCAGGUGGAGCUGCUGAGCUCUCUGAAGGCUCUCGGCCGACACGUGGACAGUAGCCAGCUGACCCAGGCCUUGGACGGCCACUUCCCGUACUGCCACAGCGAGUGGGUUCAGUUCUUCCAGAAGAUGCACCACUUUGUCAGCGACCUCACAAAGGCCUCGGAGUUGCUCCGAAGCACCACCCAAGAACUGGAGCAGGGGGACGCGCCGGAGACCGUGCAGGCAGUCGAGCAGCAAAUGGACCGGCACCGGCAGCUCAUGCAAGACGUCUUGUGCAACGCGCAGCUGGUGAGCUUGCAGAGAGAAGGCGGAGCCCUGCUUGCCAGGCUGAGGAAGGAGGCGGCCCGACUCGGCUUCCCUCCUGGCGUCCGGAACAGCAUCACUUGCGCCCUGGGCCUCUACAACCUGGUGGAAGAGGAGGUCCACACGCUGGUGAGCAAAUCCAACCACCGCUUGGAGCACUUGGAAUUCCUGUUGAAGAUCCGAGAGCUGGAGGCAGAGUUUAGCAAGCUCAGUUCGUGGUUUGAUGAACAAGGAGAGCCAGAGCUCCGUGCAGUGGGGUCAGCUGAGGACAGCCAGGAGACCACCGAAGAGUCCUAUCGGCGGUUUAAGGAAUUCUUCAAAGAGGCCACGGUCCACUACAACCACGGUCUCUCGCUGUCGAAGGAAGCUGCCAGGGUCCAAGGGUCCAAGUUCCCUGAAACGGGGGCCUUCGAGGCCGCCAAGGGAGCUUUCCAGGCUAAGCUGACAACGUUCUACAUGGACAUGGAGAUGAGAGGGGCUGAGCUGGAGACUUCCCUGGACCUCUACAGGUUCUGCGACAAGGUCACACAAUUUAACCGUGACUGCAAGCAGUGCCUGCCCCGGUGGACAGCCGGAGCGAAUGAGCCCAAGAGCACAGAAGCCCGAGAAGAGGUGGAGAACUCCCUCCAGCGGCUCUCUGAGGAGUUCUCAGACGAGAAGUUCCAGCAGAUGAAGAUGCAAGCUGCCAGCAUGCGCAACAAAAAUGGCCUCGUGGUGUGGAGAGAGGCGUUGGAGAGAUGUCAAGAGAGCAAGGAAAUCCUUGAAGAGACGCUGGCCGUAUGCAAAGAAGUCCUGGAUGGAAAUGCAAAAGACUGUGGAGAGAAGACCACCCCCUUCGUGCCGGAUCCUAACCCAAGUUCCCGACUCCCAGGUGACGAUCUCUGCUUUGAUGGAGCAUCAGGGAAACCCAAGAAAGAAGAGGAACUGCCGGAGGGCAAUAGAAGGCAUGAGGUUGGGGCUGUGGACAACACGAGUGUCUGUGACAGUCGUUCCCAAGAGGUCCCCUUGUGUGGUGGGACAGGCCAGGCUGGGGAGGGAAGUGGGGAGGCCUAUCUGGAUGCCACCCUGGCUCAGGACCUGGACGAAGAGGCCGCAGAGAGUCUCCACCCAACAACUCAGAACCCUGCCUGGACUCUGCCUGCGCCCACUUCUCCCCCUAACGUUACGCAGGUGCCAGGGGGCUGUGAGAACCCGCCUUCCGCCAAACCCCCUUGCGCAUCCGUGCCGGCGAGGGGUCACCGGAGCAGGAAGAGAGAAGCCGCCCAGUACUUUCAGCUCUCCAGACAUGGGAGUUUUUCUUCGGAAGAUACGGAUUCCCAGAACUCCACUGAAGAUGCUCUGGGCUCUAGCGCCACCUUGCCCAUGGAAUCGCCGGGCCCCAAAGGAGCCUGGACUCAGGAGAGGGUGCAGGGGAUUAUCUAUUUGGAGAAUCACAACACAAACAGCCUGGGUCAUGCAGCCACCCAGUAAGACCAGGGAACCAAGGAACUGGGAAUAUUGUGUUCCCCCCCCCCCCCUCCCGCUACUCCAUGACUUUCUUCAUUCAUUCCUGGAGUCUCGGUGCUCCAACAUGUAAAAAAAAAGACGCCACCUGCCCUUUUUUUCUUGGACAGGGCCCAGAGUGCUUCAUAGCAGUAGUGUGUAACUUUGUGCCCGAGCAAAUGGACACCAGACGCCCCUCCCCUUUUGCAUCUAGCCAAGGCGGUAGAGGAAAGGCGUUUUCAGCUGGGGGAGAGACUGUUCUCAUUCCAAAUCAUUGCCCAAGACGUGCCUGAAGGAAGAGAGAACGUAGGGAGCUGCCUUCACAAAUCUGUGGGAGCCUUUCUUUGUAUGCAAAGCACGUGUUCAGCCACUGGCAGGGAUGGGGGAGAAAUUCGUCCACGUUUGCAUGCAAACCUACCUAGUUUUACACUUUGGAACUGCGAUGUCAACCAGAACAUGAGCUACCCAUCGAAAUUUGCACUGCUCUGAGUUUUGCAAUGCAGUUG